UGUCCAACAUGGGGGCCAUUAGUUUUAGCAUCACAUGGUUUUGGUUCCGUUUGUACUGGUUCCCCCUCAAAGUUCUGUGGGCCUCCUGUGUCACCAGCAUCCAGUCGGUUCCCAACAUCCCUUUCUAUUUCUUCUUCAACACACUCCUGUUUGCCCUGCUCCUCAUGAAUAUCUACUGGUUCCUGUUCAUUGUACUGUUCGUGGGGAAGGUCCUGACGGGCCAGAUGAAGGAGGUAAAUGACGUGCGGGAGUACGAGGAGGAGGACCUAAAGGAGAAAAAAGACACUAAUGAUCAGAUGUCUACUGAAGGGUAAGCAAAGAAAUGCAGCAGUCUGUGGUUAGCGCAGGUUUACAGUAUGUGCAUGUAACGAAGAGGAAGUCGUGUGGUCAACUAGCAGUUCAGGCAGAACUGAGAGCUGUAGAUUCAACUACCUUGAGUGAACCAAAAUGUUUUUGCCUAUUCCUACUGGUAUUUAUUGCGGUGGUGUACACAUGCACUUAACCUAUAAACACGCUCAUUCCAACAUGACCUGAA